AUGUCCAAAUUUGAAUCUCAAGAUUAUCAAGAAACCACAACUACAAAAGAAUCUAUAACAAUUUGCCAAGAAAAUGGAGAAACUAAAGAAGUAGAUAAUACACCGAAAUUUACAUCUGAAGAAAUUGCCGAAUUGCUGAAAACAGCUGAAAAACAUAAAUCAAUCGGAAAUAAUUUAUUUAUUGAACAAAAAUAUGAAGAAGCAAUUGAACAAUAUGAAAAAGCACUAGAUAAUUGUCCUGUUGAAAAAAAGAAAGAAAGAGCCGUUUACUUGGGAAAUAUAGGAGCUUGUCAGGUUAAAUUGAAUAAACAAAAGGAGGCAGUAGAGACGUGUACAAAAGCACUUGAAGAAGAUCCAACAUACACAAAAGUAUUGUUUCGUCGAGCACAAGCAAAUGAAAAAAUAGCCACAUACUCUUCAACAAAUUCUGCACUCGAAGACUACGAAAAACUUUCAUCAGAUCCAAUUCACAAAUCUGAACGAGUAGUUUUAGAUAAUCGUAAUUUAAUAUCUAAUGCAAUUAAAAGAUUACCUCCAAAAAUAAAAGAGUUACAAAAAAUAGAAUACGAUGAAAUGAUGAGUAAACUUAAGGGUUUUGGCAAUACUCUUUUAGGAAAAAUUGGUUUAUCAAUAGAUAAUUUUCAAACAGUACAAGAUGAAAAAACUGGUUCUUAUAAUAUACAAUUUGUUAAUACACCCAAUAAAAAUGGUGAAGGUGGAAGUGACAGUAAUUCAUAA